UAACACUCUAAUAUCUCACUCUUUCACCUUCAAACUCUCAAAUCUCCACUCUCUUCUUCUUCUUCGUCUUCCUCUUUGUUAUUCCGAUCCAUUUUUUUGCUCUCCAAUUAUUCACCAUGGCCAUGGAUCCCAAUCCCAAAAGCUUCCCCAUCCUUUCCUACGUCAUGGCUAGAAUCCCCUCUCUCAGCCCUCGACCGCCGCCCACCGAAUUCGACAUCGAACAGCCUGCAUCUCCCUCUUCCGGCCACGGUCGUUUCGAUCCUUCCUCAUCCUCCUCCCGAAUCGUCCAUGAAAUGCCCCAUCUUUCCGACCCUAAGGUUUUGGCUUCUAUGACCACCGCUAUAUCUGAUGUUGCUCAGACCCGAUCCGUGCUCAAAACCCUUGGGGAGAGACCUGACCAUGAGGCUGUAGAUACUGCCAAGGCUAGGCUUGUUGAUAUUGAAGUUAAUUUAUCUGCCAAGCUUCAGGAAAUCGUGCUUUCUUCUAGGCCGGCGGAUGUUGAGUUGCUUGAGUGGAGGGCGCAUCUUGCUGAGAAAGAGAACGAGUGUCGUCAGGCGGCGGAUAAAGAGAAGCAGGUGUAUAAAGCUAUUGUGCAAUUGGAUGAGAUGCAUGAGGCUUAUGAGAGGAUGUUGAAGGAAGCGGAGGAGAGGUUGGUGAAGAUUUAUGAGUCGGCUGAGAGAGGACUGCCGGAGGAAGAACAGUUGGAUCCAGUAAGCGAAGAGGUCAAUGAAGAGGUUGCGAAGAUUCUUCAGGAUGCGAAUGAGAAGGAAAUGGAUCGAAUUUCUCUCACUGGCCGGCGCUUGCGGUUCUUACCUGAAGAAUUCGGACACAUUCGUGGAUUGGUUGUGCUCGAUAUCUCCAGCAAUCAACUACAGAUUAUCCCCGAUUCAAUAUCUGGAUUAGAAAAUCUUGAGGAGCUGAAUGCCUCAUCCAAUCUCCUGGAGUCACUGCCCGACUCAAUUGGCUUAUUACAAAAGCUGAAACUCCUGAAUGUCUCUGCGAACAAGCUGCAUGCCCUUCCUGACACAAUAUGCCAUUGCAGGUCUCUAGUGGAGUUAGACGUGAGUUUCAACAGUCUAACGUACUUGCCAACAAAUAUUGGCCUUGAACUGGUGAAUUUGGAGAAGCUUGCUGUCCAGUUAAACAAGUUACGCUCGCUUCCCUCUUCUGUUUGUGGUAUGAGUUCUUUGCGUUACCUGGAUGCUCAUUUCAAUGAGCUUCAUGGCCUUCCUCAGGCAAUUGGGAAACUGACGAAACUCGAGUAUCUCAACCUAUCCAGUAAUUUUACUGACCUUACUGAACUUCCACAUACCUUUGGUGAUUUAAUCAGCCUUAGGGAACUUGACCUCAGCAACAACCAGAUUCACGCUCUACCUGACACAUUUGGCCAUCUCGAAAAUUUAAAGAAACUAAACGUGGAGCAAAAUCCUCUUACAGUUCCACCAAUGGAAGUGGUAAGCAAAGGACCAGAUGCUGUGAGGACAUUCAUGUCCAAGAGAUGGCUUGAAAUUCUGCAGGAGGAAGAUAGAAAAAGAACUCUAGAAAUGGACGAACAGACGCAAACUGGAUGGCUGACACGAAGCACUUCUUGGUUGAAGACUUACGUUUCUGGCGUUUCCGAGACCGUGUCUGGUAUCGUUGGAUCUCCCAAAUCUCCAAGAGACCCGUAUCUUGAUCAACAGCUAUAAAUUUGAUGGAGAGCUCUUUCACCACCAAUUUUUGCACUCCUUCCUCCGCUGAUUUUGGGUCUCCUCAGCCUCAGUCAGGUUCAUUAGAUUCUUUAUAUAUAUAGUGUCUUGAGAACUCAUAACAAAUCACAACAAUUACAAGCAAAUUUUCUUUGGAGUUUUUAAAGGUUGAUGAGUUUGGUACAAUGCGUUUUUGCAUUGUUUGUAUUGUACAUUUCUCCUUACUACAAUUCACUCUAAUAACCAUAUUAUUUUCCCUAUCCAGUUUGAGAUCAUCUGGAUAAACAAUUUCAUUCAGCAGAUAAGUGAUUGUGAUAGUUUUCAAACCAAA